AUGCCUGUAAAAGCCGUCGAGCGUAUCACAUCAAAACUCGUUGACGACGAGGAAAGGCCCGCGCCUUUACGGCCAGUUAUGACUUCGACAUGGACGCGGGUGCAGAAUUGGCGCGGCUGGCGACCACAAAGCGUGGCAGGCCAGACUGCCUGGAGACUGGGUGUCCUUGCGACGUGGCUGCCCGUCGUUGCGUGGAUCAAUGCGCACGUCGUGGAAAUGACAGUCGUACAAGGGGCCUCUAUGUAUCCGUUUAUAAACGAGGACAAGGACUCGAGUUUGCGAAACGACAUUGUUUUGACGUGGAAGUGGUCGCCACAAACGGAUCUACAAAGGGGCAUGGUGGUUACUCUGAGGAGUCCGAAUAAUCCAGAGACCGUGGCUAUCAAGCGAAUAGUCGGGCUGGAAGGCGAUACUGUUCACACGCGCCCGCCUUACCCAUUUCCCAAAGUCAAAAUCCCAAAGGGGCAUAUUUGGGUCGAGGGAGAUGGUCGACCUGGAACGACGAUAGACAGCAACACAUACGGACCGGUGUCUAAAAGGUUGCUGGUAGGCAGAGCCACUCACAUUCUGUAUCCCUUUCACAAGUUUGGUGCGGUCAAGUGGUGGGAUCAUAUACCACGGCCAAUUGAGCGCAGGCCACGGUAA